CAAACAGCUGUUCAAGGCUGACAAAAGUUAUACAGAAUUUGUUCAUAAUCAGUUUUUCGCUUCCGUUGUAGCUGAAAAUUGAAAAUAGUGAAGUAAUUACUAGAGUAAUUACAGCCACACACCGAUCAAAAUGAUUCGCUUCAUACUUAUACAGAACCGAGCUGGCAAGACUCGCCUGGCUAAAUGGUACAUGAACUUUGAUGACGAUGAAAAGCAAAAACUCAUAGAGGAAGUGCAUGCUGUGGUCACAGUGCGAGAUGCCAAGCACACCAACUUUGUAGAGUUCCGCAACUUUAAAAUUGUAUAUAGACGAUAUGCGGGCUUGUACUUCUGCAUCUGUGUGGAUGUUAACGACAACAAUUUGUGUUAUCUGGAGGCCAUUCAUAAUUUCGUUGAAGUUCUUAACGAAUACUUCCAUAAUGUGUGCGAGCUGGAUCUGGUUUUUAAUUUCUACAAGGUUUAUAGUGUAGUAGAUGAGAUGUUUUUGGCUGGCGAAAUACGUGAAACAUCACAGACAAAGGUGCUCAAACAGCUGCUAACUUUGAAUUCAUUGGAAUAGAAAGCUGGCGCCAGACGCAGAACGAUGCAUUCCUCCCCAUUGUCCCGCUUAUCGAAUCUUCUAACAUACUAUACAUAUAAAAUUUAUUAUUAUUAUGUACUAUUAUUAUCUAUGAUGUGUUCUAUAUGCAAGCAAGCGCUCUCAAAUGUUAAACGACGUGUUUAGAAUCAAAUACUGUAUAAUAAGAGAUUAUAUGCAAGUGCAAGUAUUAAAAAAUUA